CGCACCCCUGCUACCUAAAUGGUACAAGCCGAUCCUGAACGUGUGUGCUCCCCGUCAUUCCUCGGCAUUCUCGGUUGGCUCACUGCCUCUCCGUUCGGCCAGAGCAUAUGUGCGUGGCUGCUGUGUGGUCAUAGAGGAUUUUCAGCUUUAGGAUUCAGCGCUAAAAUUUUGGGUUCUUUUGGACAGUACCAAAAUAAACACGACCCGUGGUAUUCUAUUUUGAGAACCUUGGCCGUAUUGUUGUUUUAUUCAUCUUAUCGUCAGGUUCCUCGUGAAUGCUGCUGUUGCGUCUUUUCCAUACCUUUUUAAUUCAUUAUUUUUUUUGAGCAAGCAACGAUGAGAUACCCAGCUUCUUAAACAUCGCAGUAAAACAACAUAAAAAGUGAACCUAAGCCGACCCUUAUUGCAUUUCGGUUUAUUUACUUCAAAAAGCGACGGACAAACAUUGGAUGCGUCUCCAUAAUGGAUCGCCGGAUCUGAUUAGCCCCCCUCGUCGAGCCGCGGUGUUGAAGAGGCAGCGGAGGAAGAGGCAGCCAUGGACGCGAAGGAGCGCAAACCCUACCGCUCGCUGACGGGCCGGCGGGACGCCGAGCGGCGCUACACCAGCUCCUCGGCCGAGAGCGACGACUGCAAGCUCAACCCCAGGUCCUACAGCUCCAGCGAGACGCUCAAGGCCUUCGACCAGGACUCCAGGCUGGCCUACGGCGCCCGCGUCCAGGACAUGGUGCACCAGGAGUCGGACGAGUUCUGCAGGCCAGGGGCAGACUUCUCUCUGCGCGAGCUGGGCUUCGGAGAGCCCAUGACCUCUCACCCCAUGGCCUUCCGCGGCUACUCGGCCAGCGCCGGCUCGGACGCCGACACGGAGACGGACGGCAUCGUGUCCCCCGAGCACGCCGUCAGGCUCUGGGGGAGGAACAUCAAAUCGGGCCGCAGCUCCUGCCUGUCCAGCCGGGCCAACUCCAACCUGACGCUCACCGACACCGAGCACGAGAACACGGAGAGCGGUCCUCCCCUGCCAUGCUCAUCCAACUCUUCCACCCCUGUCGAACAUUCCCCCUCUCCUCCCCCUUGCCUCGAAGCCAAUGAAAGCCAGAGGAGGUUGCUAGGUAACUGUGAGCCUCAGCCAGAUCAGGACUCUGACUCCGAGGAUGAGUUUGGCCCCAACUCGUUCUUAGUUAACACUGGCUCGGGGGACCUCUGUGCUCCGGCUGGCCCGUCCGCUCACGACGGCGCGUUCCAGAACCACUCCCAGCUCCGGACGCCCCCCCUCCCGCUGCCCCAUUCCCACCCCUCCAGCCAGCACCACGGGGCCUCCGCCAACUCCCUCAACCGGAGCACCUACACGCCCCACAGCAACCCCAGCCCCGUGCCCACGGACAGCUCCCUGCCCCUGGAGGGGCCGGGCAGCGCCCAGGACUCCGGGAGCGCCCAGGACAACUGGCUCCUCAACAGCAACAUUCCACUGGAGACCAGGAGCCAGAAUACUCUGUUGUUUAUCAGAGAAGAGCAAGAUUCUUUGAGGGAUGGGCAGGGAUCAUACAACACAAGACGCAUAGCAAAGCAGACACUCCUAGAGAAUUUGCAGGACAACUGUAUUGAGAUGGACAUUCUGGCGUCCGAACCGCGCGACACUUCGUACAGCGACGGGCACUUCCUGUUCAAGCCUGGCGGGACCUCCCCCUUGUAUUGCACAACGUCUCCGGGGUACCCGCUCACCUCCAGCACGGUGUACUCCCCGCCGCCCCGCCCCCUUCCCAGGAGCACCUUCUCCCGGCCUACCUUCAGCCUGAAGAAGCCGUACAAGCACUGCAACUGGAAGUGUGCUGCUCUGAGCGCCAUCCUCCUGUCCGUCACGCUGGUGUUCCUGCUGGCCUACUUCAUCGCCAUGCACCUCUUCGGGCUGAACUGGGACCUGCAGCCCGUGCAGAGGCAGAUGUUCCAGCCGAUAGAGGACAGCGUCGGCGGGUCAGCCCUCCCCACAGGCCUCACCCUGCCGCCCCUGGGCAACACGGGGCUGGUGAUCCCCGACCGCAGGGGCAAGGAUGACGCAGGUCUGGACGGUCUCUUCCCAGACGACAGCUUCAUAGACAUGGGGGAGAUCGACGUGGGCCGUAAGGUGGCACAGGAGAUCCCCCCUGGAAUAUUCUGGAGGUCCCAGGUCUUUGUGGAUCACCCCACGUACCUCAAAUUCAACAUGUCUCUGAGCAAGGGAGCCUUGGUGGGCAUCUAUGGAAGGAGGGGCCUUCCCCCUUCACACACACAGUUUGACUUCGUGGAGCUCCUGGAUGGACGGAGGCUGUUGACCCCGGAGGCCCGGGGCCUGGAGGGGCCGGGGGGGCCCCAGCGAAGCCUGGCGCCGCUCAGCAACCACGACACGGGCUUCAUCCAGUACAUGGACUCCGGCAUCUGGCACCUGGCCGUCUACAACGACGGCAAAGAGACCGAGCUGAUCUCCUUCAUCACCACGGCGAUAGAUUCGAUUGACGACUGUCCCAGUAACUGCUUCGGGAACGGCGACUGCGUAUCGGGAACCUGCCACUGUUUCCUUGGUUUCCGGGGUCCGGACUGUGGGAGAGCCUCCUGCCCGGUGCUGUGCAGUGGGAACGGCCAGUACCUGAAGGGCCGCUGCGUGUGCUACAGCGGGUGGAAGGGUCCGGAAUGCGACGUUUCCACCAGCCAGUGCAUCGACGUCACCUGCAGCGCCCACGGCAGCUGCAUCAUGGGAACCUGCAUCUGCAAUCCGGGCUACAAGGGCGAGAACUGCGAGGAAGUGGACUGCCUGGACCCCACCUGCUCCGGGAGGGGCGUGUGCGUCCGCGGGGAGUGCCACUGCCUGGCAGGCUGGGGCGGGCCCGGGUGCGAGAGCGCGCGGGCGUCCUGCAUGGACCAGUGCUCGGGCCACGGGGCCUACCUGCCCGAAACUGGCAGCUGCAGCUGCGACCCCAACUGGACCGGGCACGACUGCUCCACGGAGAUCUGUGCGGCGGACUGUGGCGGCCACGGCAUCUGCGUGGCGGGCUCCUGUCGCUGUGACGACGGCUGGAUGGGCGUGGGCUGCGAGCAGAGGGCGUGUCACCCGCGCUGCAGCGAGCACGGCACCUGCAAGGAGGGGAAGUGCGAGUGCAGCCCCGGCUGGAACGGAGAGCACUGCACCAUCGCUCACUAUCUGGAUCAGGUAGUGAAAGAGGGCUGCCCCGGCCUGUGCAGCGGUAAUGGCAGAUGCACGCUGGGUAACAGCGGCUGGUACUGCGUGUGCCAGCUGGGCUGGAGGGGCAGCGGAUGUGACACGUCCAUGGAGACGGCCUGUAGCGACGGCAAGGACAACGACGCAGAUGGCCUUGUGGACUGCAUGGACCCGGACUGCUGUCUCCAGGCUUCCUGUCACGUGACCUCCCUGUGCGUGGGCUCUCCGGACCCGCUGGACAUCAUCCAGGAGACCCAGACGCCCUCCACGCAGAGCAACCUGCAGAGCUUCUACGACCGGGUCCGCUUCCUGGUGGGCAGGGACAGCACGCACAUCAUCCCCGGGGCCAACCCCUUCCAAGGCCGCCACGCCUGUGUGAUCCGGGGACAGGUGGUGACCUCGGACAGGACCCCCCUGGUGGGCGUGAACAUCAGCUUCAUCAACAACCCCGCCUACGGCUACACCAUCACCAGAGAGGACGGCAGUUUUGACUUGGUCAGCAACGGGGGCGUGGCCAUCGCGCUGAGGUUCGAGCGCGCCCCGUUCAUCACCCAGGAGCACACGCUGUGGCUGCCGUGGGGACGCUUCUUCGUCAUGGACACCAUCGUCAUGCGGCACGAGGAGAACGACAUCCCCAGCUGUGACCUGAGCAGCUUCGCCCGGCCCAGCCCCGCGCUCUCCCCCGCCCCCCUCACCGCCUUCGCCGGCUCCUGCGCGGAGAGGGGCGCCGUCGUCCCCGAGAUCCAGACUCUGCAGGAGGAGAUCCCUAUCCCGGGGACAGACGUUCGGCUGAGUUACCUGAGCAGCCGCACCCCGGGCUACAAGUCGGUCCUGCAGAUCACCCUCACUCACGCCACCAUCCCCUUCAACCUGAUGAAGGUGCAUCUGAUGGUGGCGGUAGAGGGACGCCUCUUCAGGAAGUGGUUCGCCGCCACCCCCAACCUCUCGCACCACUUCCUGUGGGACAAGACGGACGUGUACAGCCAGAAGGUCUACGGGCUGUGCGAAGCUUUUGGUGAGAAGGGGUGGGAGUACGAGUCGUGUCCCGACCUCAUUCUGUGGGAGAAGCGGACGGCCGUCCUGCAGGGCUACGAGAGCAGCGCGUCACACCUGGGGGGCUGGUCCCUGGAUAAACACCACGCCCUGAACAUCCAGAGCGGGAUACUGCACAAGGGGAACGGGGAGAACGUCUUCAUCUCCCAGCAGCCGCCAAUCAUCGGCAGCGUCAUGGGCAACGGUCGGCGACGCAGCAUCUCCUGCCCCAGCUGCAACGGCCUCGCCGACGGCAACAAGCUGCUGGCGCCCGUGGCGCUGGCCUGCGGCUCUGACGGCAGCCUGUACGUGGGCGACUUCAACUACGUGCGCCGCAUCUUCACCACGGGCAACGUCACCAGCGUCCUGGAGCUCAGAAACAAAGAUUUCAGGCAUAGCAACAGCCCGGCACACAAGUACUACCUGUCCACGUGUCCGGUGUCGGGCACCCUCUACCUGUCGGACACCAGCAGCAGGAAGGUGUUCAAGGUGAAGUCCCUGAACGUGGUGAAGGACGUGGCCAAGAACCUGGACCUGGUGGCGGGAACGGGGGACCAGUGCCUGCCAUUCGACGAGACUCGCUGUGGGGACGGCGGGAAGGCGGUGGAGGCCGCCCUCACCAACCCACGAGGCAUCACCGUGGACAAGUUCGGGCUGAUCUAUUUCGUGGACGGCCCAAUGAUCCGGCGGAUUGACCAGAACGGGAUCAUCUCCACGCUCCUGGGGUCCAACGACCUGACCUCGGCCCGGCCCCUCAGCUGUGACUCUGUGAUGGACAUCUCCCAGGUUCGGCUGGAGUGGCCAACGGACCUGGCGGUGAGCCCCUUGGACAACUCCCUGUACGUGCUGGACAACAACGUAGUGCUCCAGAUCUCCGAGAACCACCAAGUGCGAAUCGUGGCGGGACGCCCCAUGCACUGCCAGGUGCCUGGCAUCGACCACUUCCUGCUGGGCAAGGUGGCCCUGCACGCCACCCUGGAGUCGGCCACUGCGCUGGCGGUGUCCCACACCGGCGUCCUGUACAUCGCCGAGUCCGAUGAGAAGAAGGUGAACCGCGUGAGGCAGGUGUCCACGUCCGGCGAGAUCUCCCUGGUGGCGGGCGCCCCGAGCGGCUGCGACUGCAAGAACGACGCCAACUGCGACUGCUACUCCGGGGACGAGGGCUACGCCAAGGACGCCAAGCUCUACGCUCCGUCCUCGCUGGCCGUUUCGCCCGACGGCGAGCUCUUCAUCGCCGACCUGGGGAACAUCCGAAUCCGCUACGUGCGGCAGAACCGACCCUACCUCAGCCCGCUCAACCUCUACGAGGUCUCCUCCCCCAUCGACGAUGAGCUCUACCUCUUCGACUCCAACGGCAGCCACAUCUACACCCAGAGCCUGACCACGGGGGACUACCUGUACAACAUCACCUACACCGGGGAGGGGGAUCUGAGUUCCAUCACCGAUAAGAACCGCAACGUGGUCAGCAUCCGGAGGGACACCACCGGAAUGCCACUCUUGCUGGUUGUCCCCGACGGCCAGACGUUCUGGCUGACCAUAGGGACCAACAACGCCCUGAAAAUCGUGGCCAGGCAGGGUCAAGAGCUCGCCAUGAUGACGUACCACGGAAGCUCGGGACUGCUGGCGACCAGGAGUAAUGAGGACGGAUGGACGACAUUCUACGAGUACGACAGCUACGGCCGCUUAACCAACGUCACCUACCCCAGCGGCCAGGUGAGCAGCUUCCGCACAGCUUCAGACAGCUCCGUCAGGGUCCAGACCGAGGCUUCCAACAAAGAGGACAUCACCAUCACGACCAACCUGUCUGCUUCCGGAACGUUCUACACCCUCAUGCAGGACCAAGUGCGGAACAGUUACUACAUCGGCCUGGACGGCUCGCUGCGGCUGGUUCUGGCCAACGGCAUGGAGGUGUCCCUGCACACGGAGCCCCACCUGCUGGCCGGCACGGUCAACCCCACGGUCAGCAGGAGGAACGUCACGCUGCCCAUCGACAACGGCCUCAACCUGGUGGAGUGGAGGCAGCGCAAGGAGCAGGCCCGGGGACAGGUCACCGUCUACGGACGCAGACUGAGGGUGCACAACAGGAACCUGCUGUCGCAGGAUUUCGACCGGAUCACCCGGACGGAGAAGGUGUACGACGACCACAGGAAGUUCACCCUGCGCAUCCACUACGACCACGCGGGCAGGCCCACCCUGUGGGCCCCGAGCAGCCGCCUCAACGGCAUCAACGUCACCUACUCCCCCGGCGGGCACAUCGUGGGCAUCCAGAGGGGCACCAUGUCUGUUCGCAUGGAGUACGACCAGAACGGGCGCAUCGUCUCCCAGACCUUCGCAGACGGAAAGUCCUGGACCUACACGUACCUGGAGAAGUCCAUGGUGCUGCUGCUGCACAGUCAGAGACAGUACAUCUUCGAGUUCGACAAGAGCGACCGGCUGUCCUCGGUGACGAUGCCCAACGUGGCGCGGCAGACCCUGGAGACCACCCGUUCCAUCGGGUACUACCGGAACACCUACCGGCCGGCCGAGAGCAACGCCUCCGUGCUCCAGGACUUCAGCGAGAGCGGGCAGCUGCUUCGCACCACCCACCUGGGAACCGGGCGGAGCGUCAUCUACAAGUACGGCAAGCUGUCCAAGCUGCUGGAGCUGCUGUACGACACCACCCGCGUGGCCUUCACCUACGACGAGACGGCGGGCAUGCUGAAGACCGUCAACCUGCAGAGCGAGGCCUUCACCUGCACCAUCCGCUACCGGCAGAUCGGCCCGCUCAUCGACCGGCAGAUCUUCCGCUUCAGCGAGGAGGGCAUGGUCAACGCCCGCUUCGACUACAACUACGACAACAGCUUCCGCGUGACCAGCAUGCAGGCGGUCAUCAACGAGACGCCGCUGCCCAUCGACCUCUACCGGUACGACGACGUGGCGGGAAAGACGGAGCAGUUCGGCAAGUUCGGCGUCAUCUACUACGACAUCAAUCAGAUAAUCACCACCGCCGUCAUGACGCACACCAAGCACUUUGACGCCUACGGGCGCAUCAAGGAGGUGCAGUACGAGAUCUUCCGCUCGCUCAUGUUCUGGAUGAUGGUGCAGUACGACCGGAUGGGCCGGGUGGUGGGCAAGGAGCUGAAGGUGGGGCCCUACGCCAACACCACCCGCUACUCAUACGAGUACGACGCGGACGGCCAACUCCAGGCCGUCUUCAUCAACGACAAGCCCCUGUGGCGGUACAGCUACGACCUGAACGGGAACCUCCACCUGCUGAGCCCCGGGAACAGCGCCAGGCUCACCCCGCUGCGCUACGACCUGCGGGACCGCAUCACCCGGCUGGGGGACACCCAGUACCGCAUGGACGAGGACGGCUUCCUCAAGCAGAGGGGCAGCGAGUUCUUUGAGUACAGCUCCGCCGGGCUGCUGGUGAAGGCCUACAGCAAGGUCGGCGGCUGGCACAUCAAGUACCGCUACGACGGGCUGGGCCGGCGGGUGUCGAGCCGCAGCAGCUUCGGGCACCACCUGCAGUUCUUCUACGCCGACCUGUCCAGCCCCACCCGGGUCACCCACAUGUACAACCACUCCAGCUCGGAGAUCACCUCGCUGUACUACGACCUGCAGGGCCACCUGUUCGCCAUGGAGCUGAGCAGCGGCGACGAGUUCUACGUGGCCUGCGACAACAUCGGCACGCCGCUGGCGGUCUUCAGCGGGGCCGGCCUGAUGAUCAAGCAGAUCCUGCACACGGCGUACGGCGAGGUCUACAUGGACUCCAACCCGGCCUUCCAGCUGGUGGUGGGCUACCAGGGCGGGCUGUACGAGCCCCUGACUAAGCUGGUGCACUUGGGCCGGAGGGAUUACGACGUGCUGGCCGGCCGCUGGACCACCCCGGACCACGACGUCUGGAGACGACUCAACAGCCGCAACAUCAUGCCCUUCAACCUCUACAUGUUCAAGAACAACAACCCGAUCAGCAACAGCCAGGACAUCAAGUGCUUCAUGACAGACGUGAAUAGCUGGCUGCUGACGUUUGGAUUCCAGCUUUACAACGUCAUCCCCGGUUACCGCAAGCCCGCCACCGACGCCAUGGAGCCGUCCUACGAGCUGGACCGCACACAGGUCAAGACCCAGGAGUGGGACAGCAGCAAGACGGUUCUGGGGGUCCAGUGCGAGGUGCAGAGGCAGCUGAAGGCCUUUGUGAAGCUGGAGCGGUUCAGCCAGGUUUACCAGGCCAGCAGCGCGGGGUGCCCGCAGUCCGAGGGCCCCAUACUCUUCGCCACGGCCGGCUCCAUCUUCGGCAAGGGCGUGAAGCUGGCCAUCCGCGACGGCCUGGUGUCCACCGACAUCAUCAGCGUGGCCAGUGAGGAUGGCCGGAGAAUGGCCGCCGUGCUCAACGGCGCCCUCUACCUGCAGGACCUGCACUACACCGUGGGCGAGGUGGACACCCACUACUUCGUGAAGCCGGGCCCGGCGGAGGCGGACCUGGCGCUGGUGGGCAUGACGUCGGGCCGGCGGACGCUGGAGACGGGCACCAACGUGACGGUGACGCAGGUGAACGCGGUGGUGGGCGGCAGGACUAGGCGCAUCACGGACAUCACGCUGCAGCACGGGCAGCUCUGCCUCAACGCGCGCUACGGCAGCAGCGUCGACGAGGAGAAGGCCCGCGUGCUGGAGCUGGCCCGGCAGCGGGCCGUGGGCCGGGCCUGGACACGCGAGCGGCAGAGACUGAGGGACGGGGAGGAGGGCUCCCGCUCCUGGACCGACGGGGAGAAGCAGCAGCUGCUCAGCUCCGGCAGGGUGCAAGGCUACGACGGCUACUUCCUGGUCUCGGUGGACCAGUACCCCGAACUGUCGGACAGCGUCAACAACAUCCACUUCAUGAGACAGAGCGAGAUGGGCCGGAGGUGACAGGAGCAGGGCGCGCUCAGGUGAAAGACUUGGUACACGGUCUUUUUUUGGAGGACUUCUUGCCAAAGACAGCUGCAUUUACAUGGUCAGUUUUUUUUUCUUCUUCGACUGUGUUUUUCUUUUAACUUCUUUUGUUUAAAAAAAAAACAGUGUGUACAGUUUCACUGUAUUUAAUGAAGUGUGUCCACAUUUUUUUGGUUUUCCAUUACUUUUUUUAUUUUUUUAACGCUUUGACAGUCUUUGCCCUUCAAGUGCGACUGCAAGAGGAUGAACUUUUUUGAUCCUGGCGACUCGUAUUUUUUUAAUUUAGCCUAAAAAAAAGCCCCCCCCCCAUUCCCUUCCGCCCUCUGUUUCCUGUUCCUGUCAGAGAUUCUGUUGGAGGGAAUCUCGCGGUGCGGGCGGGAGCGCUCCGCUCUCCUCGGUUAAUUCCGCUGCCAAUGAGAAUUAAACUGUGAUCGACGAGCUCGUUCCAUUCUGCCUUUCCCCACUUCGGCCACGGAGAAACCCUCUCUCUUUUACUCGCUUCUUUUUAUACUUGAAUACCCAUUGCCACUGUAAGAGGGGGAGGAGGAG